AUGGCUACGCAUAACCAAGAAAAAAAUAAAUCUGAAGCAAACAUGGAAGAUAAACAAAAUUUACCAUCAUCAAAAGUUAUAUUUGAUCUCGAACAUUCUCAACGUCCUGAGGAUUUUGAUGAAUCAUUAGAUGAAUUUCUUGAACUUUCAACAACAUCAAAUGCACUUACAAAUUCAUCAUUGGAUUCAUCAUCACAUAUUAUUACCAAUAGUUCAACUAAAAUGAUGUCAUCAAAUAAUAGUACGAAUAGUGAAAAUAAAUCAACAUUAAAACGUUACACAAGAAAUAUGUCUGGUGUUUCAUUUGGAUCAACGGCAUCUCUUCGACAAGUAGCUUCAGUGUCAACACCUAAAGAAUUAUGUGAUUAUUUAGGUGGAAGACGUGUGAUUAAUAAAAUUCUCAUUGCAAAUAAUGGUAUUGCUGCUGUUAAAUGUAUGCGUUCAAUUCGACGAUGGUCAUAUGAAAUGUUUCGUCAAGAGAAUGCAAUUAAAUUUGUUGCUAUGGUUACACCUGAAGAUAUGAAAGCAAAUGCUGAAUAUAUUCGAUAUGCUGAUCAUUUUGUUAAUGUACAAGGCGGUCCAUCACAUAUGAAUUAUUCAAAUUGUGAACUUAUACUUGAUAUUGCAAAACGUUUUCCUGUCGAAGCUGUUUGGGCUGGAUGGGGUCAUGCAUCAGAAAAUCCUAAACUACCAGAAUUACUUCAUCGUAAUGGUAUUGCAUUUAUUGGUCCACCAGAACAAGCUAUGUGGGCAUUAGGUGAUAAAAUAGCUUCAACUAUUAUUGCUCAAAGUGCUAAUGUACCAACAUUACCAUGGAGUGGAUCUCAUCUCAAACUCACAUCUAAUGACCAAGAUCAUGAAGGCGUCCAUGUACCAAUGGAUUUAUAUGAUAAAGCAUGUGUAACCGAUGCAAAACAAGGCGUAGAAAUUGCAGUUCAAAUUGGUUUUCCAAUAAUGAUUAAAGCAUCAGAAGGUGGUGGUGGUAAAGGAAUACGAAAAUCUACAAGUCGUGAUGAUUUUGAAAAUCUUUUUCGACAAGUACAAACUGAAGUACCCGGUUCACCAAUAUUUUUAAUGAAAUAUGCUGAUAGUUGUCGACAUUUGGAAGUACAAAUUCUUGCUGAUCAAAGUGGACAAGCUAUAUCAUUAUUUGGUCGUGAUUGUUCAAUUCAACGACGUCAUCAGAAAAUAAUUGAAGAAGCACCUGCUAUUAUUGCACCACCAGAAAUUAUUGAACAAAUGGAAAAAGCAGCUGUACGUCUCGCAAAAAUGGUGAACUAUGUUAGUGCUGGUACUAUUGAAUAUUUAUAUAAUCCAAAUGAUCAAACAUUCUUCUUUCUUGAACUUAAUCCUCGAUUACAAGUCGAACAUCCAUGUACUGAAAUGGUUACUGAUGUUAAUCUACCAGCAUGUCAACUACAGGUUGCUAUGGGUAUAUGUUUACAUCGAAUAAAAGAUAUACGAUUAUUAUAUGGUGAAGAAGCAUUUGGUAUAUCACCAAUUGAUUUUGAUGAACCAAUCAAUAAACCUAUACCACAUGGUCAUGCUAUUGCAGCACGUAUUACUAGUGAAAAUCCAGAUGAAGGUUUUAAACCAAGUUCAGGAACAGUUGAAGAAUUAAAUUUUCGUAGUCGACAAAAUGUUUGGGGAUAUUUUAGUAUAUCAUCAUCCGGUGGUUUACAUGAAUUUGCUGAUUCUCAAUUUGGACAUAUUUUUUCACAUGGUGAAACUCGAGAAGAUGCACGAGACAAUCUUGUUGUUGCAUUAAAAGAAUUAUCAAUUCGUGGAGAUUUCCAUUCAACCGUGGAAAUUUUAAUUCGUCUUUUGGAAACGGAUACAUUCAUAAAUAAUACAGUUAAAACAAGUUGGCUUGAUGGAUUAAUUGCAGAACGUUUUCAAACAGAAAAACCUGAUAUUAUAAUAUCAAUUGUAUGCGGUGCUAUACAUGUUGCAGAUGAAAAAUUUCGAACUAAUUAUCAAAAUUUUCAAUUAUCACUUGAACGGGGUCAGAUAUUAUCAAUGAAUACACUAUCAAUAUCCACUCAUGUCGAACUCAUCAAUGAUCUUAUUAAAUAUAGACUACAUGUCACUCAAUGUAGUCCAAGUUGUUUUUUUGUUGCUAUGAAUGAUUCAUAUGUUGAAGUUGAAGCUCAUAGAAUGAAAGAUGGUGGUAUAUUAGUUAAUUUAAAUGGAUCAAGUUAUUUAACAUUCAUGAAAGAAGAAGUUGAUACUUAUCGUGUUACGAUUAAUAAUAAAUCAUGUAUUUUUAAAAAAGAAAAUGAUCCAUCUAUAUUAAGAUCACCAUCAGCUGGAAAACUUCUUCAUUAUACUAUUGAAGAUGGUGCUCCAGUUGAAGCCGGUCAAGUUUAUGCUGAAAUUGAAGUAAUGAAAAUGGUUACUGAACUUCGUUGUCCAACUAAAGGACAUCUUCAAUGGCAUAAACGUCCUGGUGCUAUUCUUGAUGCUUCAUGUAUUCUUGCACGUAUCAUAUUUGAUGAUCCAUGUCAGGUUCAACAAUCAAAAUUAUAUGAUGGUAAAUUUACUUCUGAAAUAACAAAUCGUGCAACAGGUACAAAAUUAAAUCAAGUCUUUCAAGCAACGAAACAAACAUUAGAAAAUAUUCUUCGUGGUUAUACAUAUCCAGAACCAUAUUUUCGUGAAAGACUUAAAAAUACCGUUGAACAAUUAUUUACAAUUUUACGUGAUCCAUCAUUACCAUUACUUGAAGUUGAAGAUAUUCUAUCAAAUAUAUCUGAACGUAUGCCAAAAGAUGUUGAAAAAGAAAUCAAAAAAUUAAUGAAAAAUUAUUUAAGUAAUUUAACAUCGGUCUUAGUACAAUUUCCAUCACAAUCAAUUGCAACAUAUAUUGAUAAUUAUGCUGCUAAAUUAGAACGUCGAAGUGAUCGAGAUAUGUUUUUUACAACUGUACAAGCUCUUAUACAAUUAGUACAACGUUAUCGUAAUGGUAUUAAAGGACAUAUGAAAACCGUUAUAACUGAUUUAAUAAGAAAUUAUUUAAAUAUUGAAACAUUAUUUCAAUAUGGACAAUAUGAUAAAUGUUUAACACAAUUACGUGAUAAACAUAAAAUUGAGAUGCAUAAAGUUGUUGAAAUUGUUUUUUCACAUGCAAAUUAUAAUUCAAAGAAUGCUCUUGUUAUUAUGUUAAUUGAUUUUUUACUUGAACGUGAUCCAAGAUUAACUGAUGAAUUAACCGCAUUAUUAAGUGAAUUAACAUUAUUAACACAUACAAACAAUGCUAAAGUUGCAUUAAAAUCUCGACAAGUAUUAAUUGAAUUUCAACAACCACCAUAUGAACAAAGACUUAAUCAAAUGGAAUCAAUAUUUUUAAGUGCACUUGAUAUGUAUGGACAUAAAUUAUGCCAAGAUAAUUUACAAAAAUUAAUUCUAUCAGAAACAAGUAUUUUUGAUGUUUUACAUAGUUUUUAUUAUCAUGCAAAUGCACAAGUUCGUCAAUCAGCACUUGAAGUUUAUGUUCGUCGUUCUUAUAUCUCCUAUGAUCUUCAUAGUAUUCGACAUGGUCUUCUUUCGGAUGGUACCUGUUUUGUUCAAUUUUCUUUAUAUCUACCAUUAAAUCAUCCAAAUCGAUUAUAUGUCCAGGAACAUACAGGUCGUCGAGGUAGUUUCAGUGAUGAAAUGGCAGUUGUGGAUGAUGAUGAUCCACAAUUAUUUCGACGUAAAGGUGUUAUUGCUGCAUUUGAUAGUUUGGAACGAGCAAAAAAUUAUUUUGAUGAAUUAUUAAUUCCAUUUUCAUCAUCUUCACCACAAAGUCGUUCUUCCAUGACAGGUCGUAGACCAUUACGAGGACAUAGUCGACAAGGUUCAUAUGAUAAUAAAGCGACAGAAAAACCUGGAGCACAAAUUGAUGAAGCAACUAAUCUUAUUUAUGUAUUUAUUAAAGAUGAUGCUAAUCUUCAACAAAAUUUAAAAUUAGAAGAUGUAUUUCUUGAAUUUGUUCAAUCAAAAAAACAAGUUUGUACUGCAAAAAAUAUUCGUCGAGUAACAUUUUCUCUUGCUACACAACGACAAUUUCCAAUUUAUUAUACAUAUCGUAAACGAUUAACUUAUGAUGAAGAUAAAAUCUUUCGAAAUCUUGAACCUGCACUUGCUUAUCAACUUGAACUCUAUCGUUUACGUUCAUUUGAUUUAGAAUUUGUUGCAACAUCAAAUCAUAAUAUGCAUAUUUAUCUUGGCAAAGGAAAAAUUCAUAAUAAACAAAAUGAUUCACCUGAUUAUCGUUUAUUUGCACGUACAAUUAUUCGUCAUACAGAUUUAGUAACAAAAGAAACAAGUUAUGAAUAUUUACAAAAUGAAGCUGAACGUCGUUUACUUGAAGCUAUGGAUGAACUGGAAAUAGCAUUUUCACAUCCAUUAGCAAAUAAAACUGAUUGUAAUCAUGUAUUUAUGUGUUUUGUACCAACUGUUUGUAUGGAACCAAGUAAACUUGAAGAAAGUGUUCGUGGCAUGGUACUUCGUUAUGGUAUUCGUUUAUGGAAACUUCGUAUUCUUCAAGCUGAAUUAAAAAUGAAUAUACGAUUAACACAAGAUGCUGAACCGACACCAUUUCGUGUAUUUAUGACAUAUGAAAGUGGUUAUCAUCUUGAUAUAUCACUCUAUCGUGAAGUAACAAAUCAAUCAACAGGACAAACUGUAUUUCAAACAUAUAAUAUUGGUAAAACAGGACCAUUAGAUGGUCGUGCAUUACAUGAUCCAUAUUUAACAAAAGAUCAAUUACAAUAUAAACGUUUUACUGCUCAAUCAAAUAGUACAACAUAUGCUUAUGAUUUACCAGAAAUGUUUCGACGUGCUUUACUUUCAACAUGGAAACAAUAUUUUGAAAUAAAUAAAUGUAAAGAUCAAACAAUACCAAAAGAUAAUUUUGUUUAUCAAGAACUUAUACUUGAUAAUACAAAACAAGAUCUUAUUGAUUCAACAUCACCAGUUUCACCCAAUUCUAUUUCAACAACUGAUACACCAUCAAUAACAGCUAUUUCAACACCUGUUAUGGAUACAGAUAAAACACCAGCAACUCCAACAAGUUCAACACCAAUAUCAUUACAAUCAUCACCAUUUGAUACGAAUGAAACUAAUAAUAAACUUAAACAAUGUGGUCUGAUAACACGUACACGUUCACCAGCUGAAAAUGAUUGUGGUAUUAUUGCUUGGCGUAUUCGUUUAAAAACACCUGAAUGUCCAGAUGGUCGUACAAUCAUUGUUAUUGCAAAUGAUAUAACAUAUAAAAUUGGUUCAUUUGGUAUUGAAGAAGAUUUAUUAUUUCAACGUGCAUCCGAAUUAUCACGUUUAGAACGUAUACCACGUAUUUAUAUAUCUGCAAAUAGUGGUGCACGUAUUGGUCUUGCUGAAGAACUUAAAUUUCUUUAUAAUAUUGCAUGGAAUGAUUCCAAAGAUAUUGAUAAAGGUAUUCGAUAUUUAUAUUUAACACCAGAAGAUUAUGCACGUGUAUCACAUAUGGAUUGUGUACGAACAGAAUGUAUCAAUGAUGAUGGAGAAAUGCGACAUAAAAUCGUGGAUAUUAUUGGUAAAGAAAAUAGUUUAGGUGUUGAAAAUUUACGUGGUUCAGGAAUGAUUGCUGGUGAAACUUCACUUGCAUAUAAUGUUAUUCCAACAAUCAGUUUAGUAACAUGUCGAGCUGUUGGUAUUGGUGCAUAUCUUGUUCGACUUGGUUCACGUGUAAUACAAGUUGAAAAUUCUCAUAUUAUAUUAACAGGUGCUGGUGCACUUAAUAAAGUUCUUGGUCGAGAAGUUUAUAAUGGUAAUAAUCAAUUAGGUGGUACACAAAUUAUGUUUAAUAAUGGUAUUACACAUGAUAUUGUUAAAGAUGAUUUUGAUGGAUGUUUACUUAUACUUCGUUGGCUUUCAUAUAUGCCAGAAACAAUGUUACAUUUACCACCAGUAUUACCGGGAUUAUAUGAUCCAAUUGAUCGUACAAUUGAUUUUGUUCCUACAUCAACACCAUACGAUCCAAGACAUAUGAUUCAAGGACGACAACUUGCAUCACCACAACAAAAUUUUGGUCAGAUUGAUUCCAAUAUAUCAAUGACAGCUUCAUUUCAAUCAGGAUUCUUUGAUCGAGAUUCAUUUGUUGAAAUAAUGAAAGGUUGGGCAAAAACAGUUGUAUGUGGUCGUGCUCGUUUAGGUGGAAUUCCAAUGGGUGUUAUUGCUGUUGAAACACGUACAGUCGAAUUAGAACAACCAGCUGAUCCAGCUAAUUUUGAUUCUGAUGCACGUACAAUACAACAAGCAGGUCAAGUAUGGUUUCCUGAUUCAGCAUUUAAAACAGCUCAAGCAAUUAAUGAUUUUAAACGUGAAAAUUUACCAUUAAUGAUAUUUGCUAAUUGGCGUGGUUUCAGUGGUGGUAUGAAAGAUAUGUAUGAUCAAAUAAUGAAAUUUGGUGCAUAUAUUGUUGAUGCUUUACGUGAAUAUGAACAACCUGUAUUUAGUUAUAUUCCACCAUUUGGUGAAUUACGUGGUGGUGCUUGGGUUGUUAUUGAUCCAACAAUUAAUUUACGUUAUAUGGAAAUGUAUGCUGAUCAAAUGAGUCGUGGUGGUGUACUUGAACCUGAAGGUACAGUUGAAAUAAAAUAUCGUACAAAAGAUUUAACACGUACAAUUCAUCGACUUGAUCCAGCAUGUCGAGAUUUAGUUAAAGAAAUAAGUUCAUGUCCAGCAGGAGCCAAUAAUAUUAAAGAAGAUCUUGAAAGACAAUUAGCUGAAAGAGAAAAAUUUUUAUUACCUGUUUAUCAACAAGCUGCUGUUAUGUUCUGUGAUUUACAUGAUACACCAGGUCGUAUGUUAGAAAAAGGUGUUAUACGUGAAAUCUUAGAUUGGCGAACAAGUCGUGAAUUUUUCUAUUGGCGAUUAAAACGUCGUUUACAUGAAAAUAAUACUAUUAAAACAAUGGUUACUCUUGAACCUUCGGUUAAUUAUGAAUCAGCUUCGAAUUAUCUUCAACAAUGGUUUAAUGAAGAUCAAAACAAUAAUAGUGCACAAUGGACACAAGAUAAAAUUGUUGCUGAAUGGCUUGUACAAUUUCAAAAAUCAGCAUUAAAUAAUCAUAUGAAAACUUUACAAAAACUAAAUGCUCGACACGAUAUUCAUCGAUUACUUCAAACAUAUCCUGAUCUUUUAUCAGAUGUAUUAUCGAAUGCAAAUGAUGAACAACGCUCUGAAAUGAAUCGCAUUUUGAACAACAAACAAUAA